AUGGAAAGCCUCAGAGGGAAUAAUACCCAAGGUCCUAAGAACACAGAAGCCUGUGGAAGCGAGGGACUCCUGUCAAGGCAGACAUGGCCUGCACUGAAGAAAUCUGAGAAAACAGCCAUCAGAAGGCUGGGAGUGACUCUCAAGGAGGUUGUCACUGAGGAGAGAGUCCCAAAAUCCAGUCAACUUAGUCUAGGAUCAAAACUUGAUACACAGCAGGAAAUUCCAAAGGGUGCUAGAUUCGUCACAUCCAGGAAAAACUCCAAAGAUAAUUCAGACUUAAUUAAACACCAAAAAGUCUUCCCACAAAAGAAAACUUGUAAAUGCAAUGAAUGCGGGAAAGCCUUUAGUUACCAAUCAGAACUUUUUGUCCACAGUAGAAUUCAUGGUGGAGAAAAACCUUUUGAAUGCAGUGAGUGUGGGAAAACUUUUAGCCGAAGUACACAUCUGAUUGAACAUCAAAGAACUCACAGUGGAGAGAAACCUUAUGAAUGCAGUGAGUGUGGGAAAGCUUUCAGCCGGAGUACCCACCUAGGUCUACAUCAGAGGAUCCACACUGGAGAAAAACCGUAUGAAUGUAGUGAAUGUGGAAAAGCCUUCAGCCGAAGCACUAACCUUAGUCAACAUCAGCGAACUCACACUCAAGAAAAACCUUACAAAUGUAAUGAAUGUGGGAAAGCCUUCAGUGACCGUUCAACUGUAAUUCAGCAUCAACGAAUACACACGGGGGAGAACCCCUAUGAGUGCAGUGAAUGUGGAAGAACUUUCAGCUGGGUCUCAUCACUCAUUGAACAUCAGAGAACACACACUGGAGAGAACCCCUAUGAGUGCAGGGACUGUGGGAAGGUGUUCAGUAGAGGCUCAUCCCUUACUGAACAUCAGAGAGUCCACACUGGAGAAAAGCCGCAUUCAUGCAGAGAGUGUGGGAAGGGCUUUGGUCGGAGCUCCUCCCUUGCUAUUCACCAGAGAACUCACACGGGAGAGAAGCCUUACAAGUGUAAUGACUGUGGGAAAGCCUUCAGUCAGAGCUCAACACUCAUCAGACAUCAGCAGCUUCAUGCUAAAGAGUGACACCUGGGCUUUCAUGAAUGUUAGCACAAGAGCACGUCGCAUGACCUCCUGUAGCCGAAAAAAAUGUGUUUGAAUUUUCCUUCCGUACUAGCUAGUGAUAAGCCAGUUUCAAGCUAGCCUUCCUUUCUGUAAACUAAAUUCUGAAAUGAGUGAUCCAUACAACAAGGGGAUGACUUCAAACACCUAACAUCCACCUAACAGUAUUCUGGAGGGGUCUGACCUUAGAGUGUGCAGCUACCUGACACCUUGCAUUUCUGCACCUUCUCUCUUCAUUCCAUGGGGCUUUGGUCCCUGGGCAGCCAGGGAACCCUGUUUGCAUCCACAUCAGCCCCUUUACUUAAUGAGGAAAUUCUCUGUGUGUGUAUGUUCAUGGUUCCUGGUGCCAGUCGCAGAAGAGGAAGAGCUGGCUUCAGACUGAGACAAAAAAACUUCCCACCAGUUUGGGGGUAAUAGUGUUGAGGCAAAUGCAGUCUCUGGACUUACAAGGACAGAUUUUUCUCUUCCUCACCUUUUUUGCUGUAGCGCAUUUUUCUAAGUAUAACCAAUAGUUCUACUACCAUGCCUGAUUAAUAUUAAUCCCAGUGUUAUUUUAUCUCAUC